GCCUGCCUCCUUUGUCCUGGAUUUAGGAGUAGAGCGCCUUCGUCGCCAUUGGCUUUCCUCCCCCAGCUCCAGCCUCUCUCAUCUUGAGAAUCUGCGUCAGAAGUCACUGGCAGUGCCGCCAGCCCAGCAAGAAGCAAAGCAGAUUACCAGCAAUUUUGAGAGUUUACAGAAACAGCUUACAAGGAAAAUGAAGCUCCCUAUUUUCAUAGCAGAUGCAUUCACGACGAAGGCAUUUAAUGGGAAUCCUGCUGCUGUUUGUCUCCUAGAAAAUAAAUUGGAUGAAGACUUGCAUCAAAAAAUUGCAAGGGAAAUGAACCUCUCAGAAACUGCUUUUAUUCGAAAACUGCACCCAACUGACAACUUUACACAAAGCUCCUGCUUCGGAUUAAGGUGGUUCACACCAGCGAGUGAGGUCCCUCUCUGUGGCCAUGCUACCCUGGCUUCUGCAGCUGUGCUGUUUCACAAAAUAAAAAAUGUGAAUAGCACUCUAACCUUUGUGACGCUGAGUGGGGAACUAAAGGCCAGAAAAGCAGAGGAUGGCAUCAUCCUGGACUUGCCUCUUUAUCCAGCCCAACCCCAGGACUUUCAUGAAGUAAGAGACUUGAUAAAGGCUGCCAUAGGGGACACACUGGUGCAGGACAUCCGCUACUCUCCAGAUACCCGGAUGCUCCUGGUCCGGCUCAGUGAUACUUACGACAGGUCAUUUCUGGAGAAACUGAAAGUGAACACACAGAAUCUGCCGCAAAUAGAGAACACAGGGAAGGUGAAAGGACUCAUUCUCACCCUUAAAGGACAGCCUGGUGGGCAGACCCAAGCAUUUGACUUUUACUCCAGAUAUUUUGCUCCGUGGGUUGGUGUGGCAGAAGACCCUGUAACAGGGUCUGCCCAUGCCGUUCUCAGCAGCUACUGGUCCCAGCAACUGGGGAAGAAAGUUAUGCAUGCCUUUCAGUGUUCCUGCCGAGGAGGAGAGCUGGAUAUUUCACUGCGUUCUGAUGGACGGAUUGACAUCAGGGGCGGCGCCACUGUUGUUUUGGAGGGCACACUGACGGCCUAGAGACGGCUGGGAGCAGAUGCAGCUAUCUGCAACGAGUUUUCGCAAAGAGAAUGUAAGGGGCUGCCUUUAGCAAGCUUGCAUAGUAGUCUACUUGACCUCAUGUUAGAAGAAUGAAGACAUAUUAAUGGAGAUGUAAUAACACACCCUAAUUAACUAUUGAGUUUUGGUUCUACCUGUAUUUGAAAUGUAAGUAACUAGUAACAAAGAAUAAGGUUGUUUUUUUGUGACUACCAAUCACAGAAUGAGGAACAAAUUUAUGAGGAACAAAAUCAAACCAUUUAAACUUAGGUUAAUGUGAUAGAAUAUUUUGCAGCCAUUAAAAAGACAUGGUAACUAUGUAGAAAUACAGAAAAAUAUCUUAUGAUAUAAUACUAGGAAAGAAAAUUAUAGCAGGCUAUAAAAUGUUAGCAAUGUUAUGCUAUGAGUAUAUGAAUUAUGUGGACAAGGAUGGGUCAUGAAAAUAAACAGUGAAAACAGUUCAUGUGUGAGGAAUGUUUGGUAGUAAUUUUAAUGUAUCUAAAAAUUACUUCCUUUAUUGGAACACACUGAGUUCAAUAACUAAAAAUCAGGACAUAUAACUAAGUAACUAAAAAACCCAGAAAUUAAAAAAAAUGUGUAUGUAUUAGCAUGGUAAUAAAAUUAAAAUACUAAAGGUAAUUUAAUAUCUUUAUCUGAUAUAUGGCUUUAGAGUGAUAAAUUAAAAGGGAUUCUUCUCUUACUUUAAUAAAGAGGUUUUCACACAACUUUAAAUUC